ACCCGUACGUUGACCCAUAAUUGGUUUCUGUUGGUGUGAUGUUGGAAGAAUUGUGAAUUUAGUGCUGGAUUUUUGUAGCACAGUGGAAAAACUUCCACGACUGUAAUUGUUUGAUCCUCUUUAUUUAAAGAUAGGAGUGACUGUGAGCUGCUCGAUGUGACUCUGGCAGCUGUCGACCAUGAGUAACAGCCACCCUCUGCGUCCCCUGGCCUCCGUGUCGGAGAUCGACCACAUCCACCUGUUGUCGGAGCAGCUGGGAGCCCUGGUGCUCGGCGAGGAGUACAGCGAUGUUACCUUCAUCGUGGAGGGGAAGCGGUUCCCGGCGCACCGGGUCAUCCUGGCAGCUCGCUGUCACUACUUCAGGGCCCUGCUGUACGGUGGGAUGAAGGAGUCCCAGCCCCAGGCGGAGGUGUGUUUAGAGGAGACGCGGACAGAAGCCUUCUCGAUGCUGCUACACUACCUGUACACUGGCCGGGCCAGCCUCAGCUCGGCCCGGGAAGAGGUGCUGCUGGAGUUCCUGGGUCUGGCUCACCGCUACGGCCUCCAGCCACUGGAGGAUUCCACCUCUGAGUUCCUCCGCACCAUCCUGCACAUCAACAACGUCUGUCUGGUUUUUGAUGUGGCCAGUCUGUACUCUCUGAGCGCGCUCAGCGCUGCCUGUUGUGCCUUUCUGGACAGACACGCACCGGAAGUGUUGAAUUCGGACAGCUUCCUCUUGCUCUCCAAGACGGCUCUGCUGACUGUGGUCAGGCGGGAUUCGUUUGCUGCCAGUGAGAAGGAGAUCUUCCAGGCCUUGAGUCGUUGGUGCCGGCAGCACGAAGAGGGGGCCGACACCCAGGAAGUGAUGUCAGCAGUGCGGCUGCCGCUCAUGACUCUGACAGAGAUGUUGAACGUGGUUCGACCGUCGUGCCUGCUGAGCCCAGAUGACCUGCUGGAUGCUAUCAAGACCCGCUCCGAGAGCCGCAACAUGGACCUUAACUACCGCGGCAUGCUCAUCCCUGAGGAGAACAUCGCCACCAUGAAGUACGGAGCUCAGGUGGUGAAAGGGGAGCUGAAGUCGGCGCUGCUGGACGGAGACACCCAGAACUACGACCUGGACCACGGCUUCUCCAGACAUCCCAUCGAGGACGACUGCCGGGCCGGGAUCCAGAUCAAACUGGGCCAGUCGUCCAUCAUCAACCACAUGCGCCUGCUGCUGUGGGACAGAGACAGCCGGUCCUACUCGUACUACAUCGAGGUGUCUAUGGACGAGCUGGACUGGGUGCGUGUUGUGGACCAUUCGAAGUAUCUCUGCCGCUCUUGGCAGAAUCUCUUCUUCACACCACGAGUUUGCAGGUACGUUCGCAUUGUGGGAACACACAACACCGUCAACAAGGUCUUCCACCUCGUUGCUUUUGAAUGCAUGUUCACCAACCGCUCAUUUACGCUGGAUACUGGACUUUUGGUGCCCAGUGAGAACGUAGCCACCAUUACAUCGUGUGCCAGUGUCAUCGAGGGUGUGAGCCGUAGCAGAAAUGCCUUGCUCAACGGCGACACGCGCAACUACGACUGGGACUCGGGCUACACCUGCCAUCAGCUGGGCUCCGGAGCCAUCGUCAUCCAGCUGGCUCAGCCCUACACUGUUGGAUCCUUGAGGCUGCUGCUGUGGGACUGUGACGAGCGCUCCUACAGUUAUUACAUUGAAGUCUCUUCCAACCAGCAGCAGUGGACGAAGGUGGUCGACCGCACCAGGGUCGCAUGUCGAUCAUGGCAGACGUUGAAGUUUGAUAAGCAGCCGGCUUCCUUCAUCCGUAUUGUUGGAACUCACAACACUGCUAAUGAGGUGUUCCACUGUGUUCACUUCGAGUGUCCGGCCCAGCUGGACACGGAUGUGAAUGAAGGCAGCCCCGGCCUGGACUCCUCUGGCUCUGGGUCUACUUCCCCGCAGCCUCGACCCCAGCGACCUUCACGCACGCACAGCCUGCUGCCCUCCCAGCCCUCUUCCUCCUCCUCAUCUUCCUCACAGUCCCACCUUUAAUAGCCUGCCCCUCGCCCCCUUCAUUGGAAAGUGUUGAGAGGAAGGGAAACCUCACCUCAGAAUGCCAUUUUGCACAGCCUUCAUCAUCCAGACUGCAAUGCUACAGCGCUGCUAAAGGCGAUCGUCUCAUUGUCAUUACCCAUGGUCCUUCUGUCAUAAGUGCAACAUUAGAGACUGGUAUAUCUGUAGCAGCAGCGUUUAAGGCUCCAGUCUUCCCAGUUCUGAAACAGAAGGGUAGGUGUUACAUCCACUGGCUCAUACAUUUUUGUGAAGGUACUUUUUAGCGACUAAGACUCAAGUUUUCUCCUUCGAAAUCAUCAAAGUGGAAUCUUUACUUCUCCAAAGACGAGGCACACACUGAAAUGUGGUUAUACUGUACCACCAAAGAGCAUGAGACCAGUGUGUGUGUGUGGGGGGGGGGGGGGGUUGCUAUCUGAAUUUUACGAGUUAAUAUUUCCAAAAGAGAUGGAUUUUAUCCUUAAACAAGCUAUUUUUUUAAGAAACUGUCUUAAAAGCGACUCUACUCACUUUUCAUACCAUCAAGCUAACAGAGUAGCAGUCACAUAUUUUUAAAAGUUUAGAAUUCAAUUCUUCAAAUGUUUGCCAAAGCUGUGGAGCUAAUGCAUUCUGUGGCAUUUAUAUGCAAUUUGCACUUAAUCCAAUUAUGCAUUUGCAUAUUAAGUAAUCACUGUUGAGUAUUUGUUGACAGGCUUUCACACCCGAAAACAAAAUCUGUGGUCCUUAUCCGGUGAGACUUUUUGAUAAUUCAAAUUCAUACCUCAAGAAAAUCCUCACUAAAAAUAAACUUAGGUCGAGUUCUGUGUCUUAAUUUAGUAUUUAAGCACUUGAAUAGCUUAGCACAAAUGAUUGGGCAAAUCAAUUAGGUUGCGAAAAUUGGGGCUGAGUGGUUUGGACCAAAUGAUGUAUGCACUAGGGCUGCAAGGAAGAACGUUUGUAUACAGCAGAUACACGAGCAGCUGCUGCUGGCACUUUAUUUGACUCGAGUACACAGAAAUAAAGGUUGCAGCUUGGCUCUUCUAGCUGAAGUACAGUGCUGGAUUUGGUGACUAUCUGUUUGUAUGUUAAAUUAAUUUAAACACUUCCUCACUCUUGGAUCUGUCAGGUUUGAGCUGUCUUUUGUGUGUGUGUGUGUGUGUGUGUGUGUUUUUUUGUUUUUUUUGGAGGUUUGUUUUUAAAUGAAGCUAUCAGUGCUGUGGUGUGUGUGUGUGUGUGUGUGUGUGUGUUGUUUCAUGUGUGUCCUGAUGUUGCACUUUUGAGUUGUUUGUCUUGCAAAACUCCUUUUUUUUUCUCAAACUUUUUAUUUGAUGGUAAUAACCUGAAAUACCUAAUUUCCCAGGGUGACCCACUGAUGUUUCUAUAAGCCUUCUUUAGUCACCCCCAUCUACAUUUUAGAAGAGCUCCCAUAGUUGGAUAACGUCUUCCUUAAUAACCAACCGAAACAGAACUGAAAUAGGGCUUUGUUCAGGUUACAUUGUAAUGUAGAUAACACACUCCCCACUCCAUCUACCUUUAUGUAUGUGUAUAGUUUUACUUAAUAUAUAUAUAUAUAUAUAUUAGUUUUGACUAUUGACGUGUGAUUGCGUUUCACUGCCUCUUGUUCAAUACAUUGCCUGUCAAAAAUGUGAUUACGGAAACAACUGACAUUGUUUAUUAAUGUUCAUUGCUGUGAGGGUUCACACCCGUCUGCUUGCCUGAAUUUCUGCUGUUAAACACAGUGGAGGUCUUUAAUACAAGCAAUACAGCUUCUGUUACAGACCAACAGCGGUGAUUGAUCGGUCAACAUGUAUUCGUCAUGCUAUAGGCACUGAUGCCCCGGCAGCUGUUUAGAAAAUGUUGAUGUGUAAUGCUGGCUAAGGAGCUGUUUUACUGUCAUGAAACAUUUAAAAACAUCUUAUUUUGAAGCUCAAAUUGUAUUUUUUUUGUUGUCUUGUUUGUGUUUCUCAAAUAAUUGCCUUGUACAGUAACCCAGCAGUUUCAACCAGAGCAAUAUGACAUAAUAAAUGUAGAAGCAGAGA